AUGGCAACCGCGAAAUUCAAAUCCCACUUCCACGCUCCUCACGGCCAUAAAUUGUUCCGUACCAACAGCAGCAACUUGGCCAAUGAUAAGCCAAUUGACGAGGAACAGAAGCAGAAAGAGAAGAACUUUAUAGCAUGCUUCGAGUGCAAUGGGCCUCCUCUUUCGCCAAGUCAGAUUGCGGAAAACCCUCGCAGCAAAGAGGUCGGGGUUGCGUCCAAACAAUUACGAGUGGGAGACUUUGAAUUGAUCAAGACUAUUGGGACUGGUACCUUUGCGCGUGUAUGGCUGUCUCGUUUAGCCGGGUCUCCAAAGGAGGGACAAAAAGUUUUCGCUCUGAAGAUACUCCGCAAGGUCGAUAUCAUUCGUUUGAAGCAAGUAGAACAUAUCAAAAAUGAACGAAACACGCUCUCUGCUGUAGCCGGCCAUCCCUUCAUUACAACCAUGAUUACCAGCUUCUCGGACCGGGAUUGUCUGUAUAUGCUACUCGACUAUUGCCCUGGAGGCGAGGUCUUCACAUACUUGCGAAGAGCACGUCGCUUUGACGAAGACACUUCACGUUUCUACGGUGCAGAAAUUGUACUAAUACUGGAGUUCCUCCAUGAUAUGAAGGGCAUUGCGUAUCGCGAUUUGAAACCAGAAAACAUCCUUCUUGACUCCGAGGGCCACUUGAAACUCGUGGAUUUUGGGUUUGCAAAGGAAAUCUCGAAUCGGCACGGUACUGCCGUCGAUUGGUGGGCGUUUGGUAUCCUCAUUUACGAGUUCCUCGUUGGACAGCCGCCAUUCUGGAAUCAAAACCCAAUGAAGAUCUAUGAGCUGAUCAUAGAAGGAAAGGUCAAAUAUCCUCAGUGGAUGUCAUCCAAUGCCCGCGACCUCAUUGGCAGUCUCUGUACCGUCAAUCCAUCUCAGCGGCUUGGCAAUAUUUCCAGCGGUGGUGUCAACGGCACCGCUCUUGUGAAGUCUCACCCGUUCUUCGAGACCAUUGACUGGGACGCCUUGUAUCAUCGAAGGAUCAAAAGCCCUAUCAUCCCAAAAGUCAAACAUGCAGCUGACGCUAGUAACUUCGACAAUUACGACCCCCCUUCGGAGAGCCAGAGCGGAUACUCCAAGGAUAUGGCGCAGAAGUACGAUCACGAGUUCAAAGACUUUUGA